GGCAGGAGAAGGAACCGUCGCGAGACAGGGCGUGAUUCUCGCGGCAGCGCCAGCGUCGUUCUCCAGUCGAUGUCGGACUGAAAUCGUCCUGUGUCGCAAGCGCUGUCUCCGCUCUGUCAACAUGCCGCUCUUUUCUUUGCAGGAAUUUGUGUCCAAACACAAGAGAAUGUCAGGUUAUCAAUGAGUUCUGUGACCGACAGAGUGAAGCGUCUUCUGGUAGAAUAAACGAAGAAAAGAGGGAAAUGUCUCUUUGGACUUGGUCUCCGCUGCUGCUGCUGCUGCUGCUUCACUCGAUAUGUGAAGUUAACGCUCAAGUGGAAAACCGCGUAGUUUUCCUACCGGGAAUGUUCCAAAACGUGAACAUCUCCCAGAAUGAGACGGUGCAGGCCAUGGUGUCCGGGAUUCCUCCGGAAGUCGCUUUCAUCACUCUGCAGUUUCACACACAGCACCACAACGUCACUCUCUCCUACAACAGGAUGCCAAGUCUGGAUCUCUCUAUGACAGCAGUGGACUCUGGCCUCCUCUCAUCUCUGCUGCCGGCCCAAAUAUCCCUCUCACUGUUCCUGUCUUCACCCAACAGUGACACUGUGGCAAGCAUCGGGGUCAUUCUACCUCUCUCUAGCACUGACCCAGUGCCUGGGGCUUGCAACAUGGAGUCCAACCUGGACGUCGAUCCAAAUCUCAACAUUCACUACAACCUCUAUGAGACCACGAUUCGUUUUGCCCCUGCAAACACAGGAUAUGCGAGAGGCAAUUCUCCUCCACUCUGCGACGAAUCCACAGGAGCCGACACACGCUGGCGUCUGCAGUACGACAUCUACCAGUACUUCCUGCCCGAGAAUGACCUAUCAGAGCGCAGCCUGUUCAGUGGCAUUCAGGCCGUGGCUGACAUCAGUGGUAUGAUGCAGAAUGGCAAACAUGUCAUGACACUGUCGUCAUCAGAUAUGAGCAUGGCGGUGUUCAACUCCAUCCCCGGCCAGGGCAUCAUUUACUCGGUCAUUGUCAGAGACCCACUGUGGAACACUUCAGCCCCCUACAUCCCUGUUCACACCUAUGCCUGUAGCUUUGCUUCCACCCUGGAUGGCUGUCAAACUCUGGGAAAGGUAUCAACAAAAGUGUUUUUCACCAUCACUGGCUUGGUGGGCCUGUUUGUCUGCUUUUUUGGACACCGAUUCUUCAAAUGUGAGCUGUUCUGCAUGGGCUUUAGCUUUGCAGCGUUUUUCUUCUUUGUGCUGAUCACAAGGACCACAGAGCUGAACUAUGAUCUUCGCCUGGCUGUGUCGGCAGUGAUCGGCGUGGUGGGCGGGGUUCUUCUGGUGAUGAGCUGGUGGCGUUUCGGCUCGGUCAUGGCCUGUAUCGUCGUGGUCGGCCUGAUGCUCGGCUUUCUCAUCGCCUCCACCGUCUUCUUCACUCCUCUGGGUGACCUUGAUGUCUUCAGACAAUCGGAUGUCGUUUUCUGGGUGACGUUCUGCUGCAUCAUGAUCAUUGUGCCACUCUUCUUUGUGCGUUGGCCCAGAGAGGGUAACAUCUGCACGUGUGGCAUUGUCGGCGCUUACGCUGUGAUUCUGGCCGUCAACGCCUACAUGUACACCAGCCUCUCCUUCAUCGCACUGAACAUCCUCAAACGCCUGCUCAACAACAACUUCAGCGCCAUGUUCACGGACGUGCCGUUCCAGACCAUCGACUACAUCCUGAUCACAGUGUGGGUGGUGCUUGGCGUGUGCGGCAUCGUCCUGCAACUGUACCGCGAGCGCUCUCGGCCGUUCUUCCCGCCCAGCCCGUACCUCAUGUGGAUGCAGGAGCGCGAGCGCCGCAAGACCAACGUGCUGGACCCGAGCCACCACUUCCCCCCUCUGCCCAACCGCCUCAUGGCCCGAGUGCGGCAGCUCACCAAGCGCAUGGAGCCAGCGGGCGAGCACACGCCGCUGCUCCUCUGAGCCUCUGAUGCAGCGACGCAUCGUGGACACGCACAGGCUUGGACCGCCAGAGUUGUAAAGACGCCAGAGAAUCUGUUGGACCGAGAGGAAUGUGAUUCCUCGUGACUUGGUGUGGGGAUUUGACUCUGGAGCAGCUGAGUGAAAGACUUACUCAGGAUAAAAAAAAUAAAAUAAAACCACUGAGAGAAAGUUUUAAAUCUCACACAAACAAAGAAGACUUUGACAGACACUUUUUAGUCGCCCACUACUAACGAUUUAUACGACGAGAGUCGUUGUUUUUCAUGUCGUCAGACCAUCGUGUGUUUGGAGUUUGAUUUUAAACGACAGACUUUUUAAUCGAACACAAUCUGUGCCUUCAGUGAAACAGUAACAUUUACAGGAUUUCUGGGAUUCACUGUAUCUCAAAGCUUGAGACCAUAGUUUGUUUGGGAAAACACUUAAUUGUGUUAUUUGGUGAAAUUCUCUUCACUUAAUGACGGUCUUAACUAAAUACAGUUGUCUGGGGAACAAAAGAAAAUCUGUAGGAGUGUGGUGAAUGUUGCAACAGCAAACCACAAGAGGUUAGAGCGAUUAAUCAGGCAGAUAUUUGCCAUUUUUUAAUAAUAAAUCAGCCAGAAACCUGUUGCUAUGUCACUAAAUGUUUUCAAUCCCUAUGUUUAUUUAUUUUUUUGCUUUCCGAGGACCUGUUUCACGUUUUAAAUAUUUAGUUUAUACAUUAUUUUUAUUGAAAAUACUGUGUAUAACUGCACUAUAGUGCCAACAUAAAUUGUACCUUGGAGAGACGGACAAUAAGUGUUAUUCAAUAACUAGUUACUGGUGUUAAGCACAUUUUUUAUUAUCAUUAUUAUUACGUCAGCAUUGAAGAGUUAUCUUUAAUCAGAUGCACAUAAAUAUAUGGGAAAAAAAGAUAAUUUUCUCGAUUAAUCGAGUAAUGGUUUGGUCAUCGGUGUUUUUCAAACCUGGAAAUUAUGAUGAUGUUCUUAAAUGUCUUGUUUUGUCCCCAAACCACACAUUCCAUUUGAUACAGAGCAAGGAAACCAGAAAAUAUUCACGUUGGUUGAUCUCCACAGGCUGCACUGCACAAUGAAUCCUACACAUAAUCUGCCCUCUCUUAAAAGCAAUGGAUGUAGCCUACGUCAUGUCCCCCAGACUUUUACUUUUGAAGGCUAUCAGGACGGGAAGAGGAUUUCAACAAAUAAGAUAAAAAAAAAAAUGUUUUGAGAAAACGAAUACGAACUGUCUCAGCUGUGGUUCACGUGGCACAGUUAUUUUAUUCAGACAGUGUUUUGUCCUUCACUCCUUUUCCCUUCCGUGUGCUUGACUCAGCCGUUUUCCUCACGUGUAACAUGCACAGACUUGAUCUUUACAUGUAUGAAUCUCACACCCGUGUGCCAUGACCUUUCUCAGGCUUUUUUUUUUAAAAACGACGAUGCACUGACAUGACUGAUUUCGAUGCCAUGGUUCAGCUUCUUACACGUCAGUGAGUACUUUAUGUAGCAGCUGAGCUGAACUCUGGCAUUUUAGAGAAGAAAAACAAGCAAAAAAAUCCAAAUAAAAAUGCAGAUGGUUAGGUUGUUUUUUUUAAAUGUAAGGUCAAAUGUCAUUUUUAAUUUAAUAUGUUGAUAUUUAAUAAAUGACAACAUGUACAAAGAAA